AAGUUAGCUGUCAAUUGAAGUGAAAAUACCUAAUUUAAACUUAUCAAUAUGGCCGCCAACGAUUGCCGCAAUGUGCUGCUCCCGUUUUGAAUUUAUCCGUUGAAGUUGUUGCAUUGUCUAGAAAGCUCCUCCGCGUAUAUACAAGUUUUUCGUCAUUUUUGUGAUUCGAAAGUGCCUUAGAAACCCUGAAAGCUGGUGAUUGGUGCGGUUAGGCUAUUCAAAACGCGAUCGCCAUGGAUAAUUUCGUGAAGAUCGAGAAAAUUGGUGAAGGAACUUAUGGCGUCGUAUACAAAGGUAAACACAAGAAAACAGGUGAGAUAGUAGCCAUGAAGAAAAUUCGUCUGGAGAGUGACGACGAAGGAAUCCCAUCCACAGCAAUAAGAGAAAUAAGCUUGCUUAAGGAACUUAAGCAUCCUAACAUCGUCAGUUUGUUAGACGUAUUGAUGGAGGAAUCAAAGUUGUACUUGAUCUUCGAAUAUUUGACGAUGGAUCUAAAGAAAUACAUGGACAAUAUAGGCAGUGGAAAGCUUAUGAAUCCCUCAACCGUCAAAUGUUAUUUGUAUCAAAUCACAAAAGCUAUCCUCUUUUGUCAUCAACGCAGGGUGCUACAUCGAGAUUUGAAGCCGCAAAACUUACUAGUAGACAAAUCGGGUGUGAUUAAAAUUGCUGAUUUCGGAUUGGGAAGAGCCUUUGGAAUACCUGUGAGAGUCUACACCCACGAGGUAGUCACUCUUUGGUACCGAGCACCGGAAAUUCUUCUUGGUGCCACCAGAUAUUCGUGUGCUAUAGACAUAUGGAGCAUUGGUUGCAUUUUUGCGGAAAUGGCAACGAAAAAACCUCUGUUUCAGGGAGACAGCGAAAUUGAUCAACUCUUCAGGAUAUUCCGUGUCUUGCGGACUCCGACUGAAGAUAUAUGGCCGGGUGUCACACAGUACUCGGACUACAAAGCUACAUUCCCCAACUGGAAAACGAACAAUUUGGAGGAUCAUGUAAAAGUUCUCGACAGUGAUGGCAUUGACUUAUUGCAGGCAAUGUUAACUUACGAUCCAGCACACAGAAUCUCGGCUCGUGCAGCGCUCCAGCAUGCCUUUUUCGAGGACAUCGAAUGUGACUUCAAGGAAGCUAAAAUACCUUUCGUUUAAGUGUUCGUUCAUUUUUUGGUACACAUUAAAUCACAUUAGCUGUAAUCCAUUCCCGAGAACAUAAAUUCAAACACUAAAAUAAGGUAUUUUAAGUGCUUCUAACAACUUAAGGUAUUUUAGGAACUUUGAAACCUUGAGAUAAUUUAAUAAUUUGAGAUACAUGAUACGAUACUGAUAGUAACAUCUUAACUUUAAUUCAAAUAAAUUAUUGAUGAAAUAAUUUCCGUUCAGAUAUGAAUAUUUUAUAUAAGCCAAGUCCUAAAAGACUUGUUUAUGACUCGAUUUUUGUCCUGGCACUUUAAUGAAUUAUUUCUAAUCAGGUUAGAGGAAUUAAAUUUUGACCUGAUGAAAAUUUUUCUUAAUACAUAAAAGAGUGACAGCUUUAGCGAAUGCUUCAUAUGACUAAGAUCUGAGAAUUGCCAAUUAUUGUAUUGUUUAAAGAAUAUGACGCGGAUACGAUUCACGCACUACGAAUUGUAAAUAUUAUUUAAGAAAAGGAUACACUUUGAUGAGAUUACUUCUUAAUCUUUGUAAUUAUGUGCUUAAAUAUAUCGAGUUCUUUCAUCUCUUCUACAUACAUAAGUCUCGCUUUCACGUGUCGUAAGAAUUCGAUCCUUUCCAUUGAAUUUAGCGAAACAAACUUCUAGCCUACUCAAUUAGUUUCGAAGUUUUUAUUAUUAAUUGAACUUGGCUGUCUUAUUACGGCCGAAACGAGUUAGAGAAAUUGCACAAAAUGAUAUAAACACAGAAUCUUGACUAUGUUAACCAAAUAUGAUGCGUCAUCAGUGCUGUAAAACGUAUGACACACGUCGAUGCAAAUAUUUGUUUCUGCUGGAUAAAGUGCUGCAUGAUGAGAAAUCCAGAUGCUUAUCAGGAUAAUAUCGAUUGUUUAAGUAAUCUGUAUUCCAAAAGUUGAUUUACUUAAAACUCUCUCUCGAAAGUUGAUGAAACAAAAGUUGGUAAAUUUUGUUAAAUGCCUUAUCUGCGUAAAACGUAUGUUUUUGAGCUUCUCAGAAUUACCUUCGUUAGUGAUAUCAAAUUUGUUUAUUUUUAUGCCCCUUUCAGAUCGUAUGCCAACAUUUGAAACAAAUUUUUAUCUUUUUUUUUUAAUAAACAAAGCUGUAUAUUCUUUUGAAA